AGAAACUCCUUUAAAACGGAGUGAAAAGAAACCGCCCGUCACACAUCCCAACACACCAGCGGAGGAAACUUAUAACCUCAGAGGCAGGUCUCCUCCUCACUGCAGUCACACACCUUCCCGAGGAGCGGACCGGGGCAGCCGCCAGCUCCCGCCACUCGGACGCUCAGACCCUCAGAACUCUCUUCAUUUGUAAGUUAUCGGAAGGCCAAGAUGCUGGUAUUACUGGCUGGUAUCUUUGUGGUCCACAUCGCCACUUGUAUUAUGUUAUUUGUUUCCACCAUUGCCAACGUCUGGGUGGUUUCAGAUUCUGCACAGUCAUCAGUUGGUCUCUGGAAAAACUGUACCAACACUAGCUGUGAUGAAGGCUUGUCAUACUCUGGUGAAGAUGCCCUCAAAGCAGUACAAGCCUUCAUGAUCCUCUCCAUCAUCUUCUCUGUCAUCUCCCUCGUGGUCUUCGUGUUCCAGCUCUUCACCAUGGAGAAGGGAAAUCGAUUCUUCCUCUCGGGGGCCACCAUGCUGGUGUGCUGGCUGUGCAUUCUGGUUGGAGUGUCCAUCUACACACAUCAUUAUGCGAGCGGUUCCGGAACCGGUUACUCAAGCAGUCACCAUGGCUAUUCCUUCAUCCUGACCUGGAUCUGCUUCUGUUUUAGCUUUGUCAUUGGCAUUCUCUAUCUGGUCCUGAGAAAGAAAUAAGGCUGAACAAGUUGAUGGGGACCUGGGGGGUGGGGAGGAGGAAGCAGUUGAAUCUGGGAGAAAAGAGGAAAUUGC